GCAACCCAUUUUCACAAAAUCUGGCAACCCAACUUCUUGAUGGUUUCUAUCUCUUCCUGCUUGCAGCUGGAGGAUGAUACCUGGCAGUGCUGCAUAGACAUCUCAUGUUUUUUUUGUUUUUUUUUUAUAAAACCAGGCAUCGUACUGAAAGAAGUCGGCGAAAAACGAAACGAAAUCCAUACGGGAGUGAGACAUCUCGUUUCGGCUGUUCUCGGGUGCGACGCGGGUGAGUGGUCAACAAGCCCCUCCCCCUCCGCCGUGACGAAGACGACACCUCUCCUGUUCCCCGUGUGUCGUGAUCACACCUGAGCUCCCGGGGACACCUGUGCGCAGGUGUGAGACGGAGAGGGUCGUCGCGACGUGAACGUUUCCCUCUGCAUUUGUGUCACUGUCGACUCAAUGUAGUUCAUUCAGCGAGAGUCGGAGGUCGACACCCGUCCCAAAGCGGAGCGAGGUGGGUGUGAACCAUGAGGGGACACAACAUGACGGUUUGUGCCAGGAUGAGGAGAGAUCUUGGGCUGGCACUGCUCUUGCUGCUGUCCGCAGCUGUAGAGUCCGACGGCAUGUCUCCACCAGGGAAACCGGUCUUCCUCGGCUGCAGGUCCCCUGAGAAGGAGACAUUUACCUGCUGGUGGGAGCCGGGCUCUGGCGGAGGGCUGCCGACCACGCACCGGCUCUACUACGAGAGAGAAAAACUGGAAGGAACACACGAGUGUCCAGACUACCACUCGGCAGGGAAGAACUCCUGCUUCUUUGACAAGGACCACACCUCCAUCUGGGUGGAUUACUAUCUGACAGUGGUGGCCUCCAAUGCCCUGGGGAACGCCACUUCAGGCCACUUUAAGAUGGAUGUAAUGGAAAUCGUGAAGCCCAACGCUCCUGAAAACGUCACUCUGCAGGUGAUGAAGAGAGAGGACAAUCCAUACCUCCAUGUCAGAUGGGAGCAUCCCCAUAACACAGACACCAAGUCCGGAUGGGUCACAAUUAAAUAUGAACUAAGAGUUAAACACAGGAACAACAACGAGUGGAAGGAGUACACGUCAGGUACACAAACCCAGUUCAACCUGUACAACAUCAAUCCCGGGGAAAUGUACGUGGUUCAGGUGCGCUGUAGAUUAGACCAUGGCUCCUGGAGCGAGUGGAGCAACUCUACGUCUGUGAAAACCUUUAACUAUCCUCAGAAUGACAAGCCCUUUUGGAUAUUGGUUUCCGCCCUCUCUACGGUUCCAUUUCUAACAGCCAUGUGUAUCUUGGUCAUAAAGAGGAAAUAUGUGAAGAAGGUUCUUCUGCCUCCGGUUCCUGGUCCAAAGAUAAGAGGAAUCGAUGUUCAACUUCUCAAGAGGGGGAGAUCUGAAGAUGUCAGCAAUGCCCUGAUCAUCAACCAGGGCUUUCCUUCUGUGCCAGCCUGGAAGGACGAGAUCGAGGAUUACCUAAUCGUGUCCGAUGACGUACUUCUGCCUGACCCUCACAGAAAGAAGAAAAGCUUGACCGUUGCCGCUGGCUUUCACUUAAACUUGGAAAUCCAAUGUAAGGAGUCCCUGGGCCAACGUGACUGGGAGAAAGCCGAGGAAAGAAAGAACGGAAUCGAUACAUUCCCACCCCAGUUGCCAACUCAGAAACAGCUGUGCCCGAAUGUGACCUUCGUACACGCAGAGGCAACAGAUCAGAGGUGGCCAAUCCACGACGCCGCCGCUGAGAGCACUGUGCAACUUCUCGCGCCCACCGGUUAUGUGGAUAUUCAGAGACAUAAGAGCAUGCAGGAGGAGGCGGACGGCAAUGAGAUGGACUACACCAGAGUGAACGAUGGCAAUAUUCUCAUCCUCCAAAAAGACAAGUUCCCAGGCUGCAUGGAUGUUCAGAGGCAAGAGGAGAACAUACCAGAGGACUACAGCAGGGUGAAAGAGGUCGAUGGUGACAACAAGGUCCUCUUGCAGAGACAAAGCUUCUCCGCUGACUCCUCCUGUGGGGAGAAGGGUACCCCCUACACCGACUGCACCAAUAAGAAGCCAAUAAAUCCUCAUGUACCUGGACCCAGUAAAGUGGAGCUCAUCGGUAGCGGAUAUGUAGACACUAUAUACUAAGUUUUUCUUCCAUAUGCUAUGUCUACAAUACAAAUGGCAGAUGUCCCUUGUGAUUUACGAGGGAAAAAGAAAAAGGCCGCGAGGCAUGGAUGGAUUUCGAUGACAUUUGGUAGACAUUCAGGGUCACCAGAGGAGGAACCAAUACUGGGUUUUCCUCUGUUACCAUUUUGUAGUUCAGAGUGAAAUGUCUUGGCAACUAUUUGAUGGAUCGCUGUGAUAUUUGCAACAAGUAUGCAGGGUUUCUUGACUAAGGUCAUGAUGAUCCUCCAACUUGUCCUUUAGGUCAAAUUUUCCACUCAUUCACGGAAAUAGCUUGAUGAUGGAUGGACAUAAAGUUCUGUUCUGAUUGGGUUCCCAGUAAAGGGAUCACUUUUUCACAAGCAGGAUGAUAUUUUUGGUUCCUAUGGUGAAAUAUGGGAUGGAUUGUCAUUUGGUACAGACAUUCAUGUUUCCCACAGGGUUACUAUGCACAAUUUUGGUGAUUUCCCCCAACUUUCCUCCAGCACCACCAUGAUGUUUGACAUUUCUGUUUUUUUGUGUUAAGUUAUCUACCCACAUUCAAGGUCACUAGAGAAUGAACAGGACGUUUGCUAACAUGGUAAACAUGAAACAUUAUGAACAUAGCUAUGUCAGUUUUGGCUUCAUAGAACACCUGUCAGUUGGAUCAUUUUUGAAUUUGGAAAGAUGGUGGGAAUCACCAGACGUGAGUAGUCGGUGGUGAAACCAUUACAUCAUGGUUUUGCUUUGUUGCUUUUGCCUCAGGCUAAGGAAAAUUCCAUUCUGGUUUGUGCAUGGGAAAGAGAGCUGCUUCCCUGAAGGUCAUUGCAUACACUACAACACAAUACUUUAAAUGAGAUGAUACAUUCUAAUGCAACAAGCAUAUUUGAAUUCAUAAAAAUUGAUCUUGAAAAAAGUAAACUCGGCACAAACUGUUGUUCCUUAUAAUCAAUUUAUUUCAUAAUAAACAAUAUUUAUUUUGCAGGACACAA